AUGGCUACCUCGAAGGCUGUCGCACUUGUCAUGGGUGCUUCCCGAGGUAUCGGGCGCCAGAUCGCCAUUGAUCUCGCAAAAAAUGGCUAUGCCGUGAUGCUGGCUGCUAAGACGUCCUCAGACGCGUACAAGACCAGCCCAUUCCCACCCGACCCAAACUCCUCGCAAUCAACCAUCAGCACUGUGGAGCGCGAGAUUCAUGAAGCAGGCGGCGAGGCCUCGUCUAUUGUCGUGGAUGUACGAGAUGCUAGACAGGUUCAGCAUGCAGUUGAUGAAACUGUUCGAAAGUUUGGCAAGUUGGAUGUCCUGGUAUACAACUCUGGAGCAAUCUGGUGGUCCUCUGUUGAGAAUACGCCCCUCAAGCGUUUCCGACUCAUGCAGCAGAUUAACCCUGAAGGAUUGUAUGCCACCGUCCAGGCUGCCUUGCCUCAUUUCCAAAAAAACAAUUGGAAAGGCCGCAUUAUUGUUGUUUCACCACCUAUUUAUUCACGGUUCUUCCGGGGGAAGACUGCCUACGCUAUGGGCAAAGUUGGAAUGAGUGUUUUGGUCAAGGGCCUUGCUGUGGAUUUUGUGAGACAGGGCCACACACAGAUGGCUGUCACCGGUAUCUGGCCGGCAUCGUCUAUCGAAUCAGCUGCAACCGAGCAUACCACAACAUCAGACCCAUCCCAUAAGAAGGAUCUAAGAAAGCCGGAAAUAUUUUCAGACGCCAUUCUGGGCAUGCUCAAUGCCCCGCCCUCUGUCGUCAAUGGAGAACUCGAAACCGACGAGGACUUCCUCUCUAAACACUGUGGUGUCAAUGAUUUCUCGAAGUAUUCUGUGGUCCCGGGAUCUACGCCGCGACGUAUCAUGCCGGAAAAGUUCCCAGUUUUGGAGGUUGCGGAACAAGAUGACGAGGGAAGGAGAGUGGACAGUAGCAAGAUGAGAAGUAAAUUCUAA